AAAAAAUAUGAAAUUGGUCCUACAAAGCUCAAGUGAGUGGUAACAAGAAGCUGAAAGCUGUACAGGCCAAUCUUUCUCUUUCUCUCACCACUCACAAGUCACAACACAAUACUACUACUAGUAUACCCAAUGUUAACUUAAACAAUGUUCAGCUUCCAUUCUGCAAAUUUUCUUCCCCAUGUUUUCCCUCCUCAACUUCAUAACAAUAUUUCUACUACUGCUAACAUUCAUCCUACUCCCAUCUCUCGUUCUAUCUCACCUUCCCAACCCAGCCCAAGCCCAAGCCCAUGUCUCAAGUCCAACGCCACUCGUCGUUCCAUCCUCCUUCUUUCCACCGCACUUUCUCUCCCUCCACCACCACCAUCAGCUGCCACUACUCCACCAUUAGACACAACUAUCACAGACCGUGUGUUCUUAGACUUCAGCGUUUGUCCCAACUACUUUCGAGCCCAAGGUCAAACCCAAGAACCUCUAUGUUCCGAAUCUGAGCUCAUGGGCCGUGUUGUAUUGGGCCUAUAUGGGAAAAUUGUUCCUAUCACAGUGUCUAACUUUAAGGCCAUGUGUAAUGGGGGUAUGGGCUACAAGAAUACUUUGAUCCAUAAGGUCCUUCCUGGACAGUUCUUUGUAGCAGGGCAUCAAGGGAGAAGAGAGAAAGGGGAGGUGUCACCCCCUGGGCCUAUGGGCCUGAGGCUUGCCAGAAAUACUGAGACAAUUGAUUCAAAGGCGUUUACGCUUGAGCAUUCAAGACCAGGUGUAGUUUCUUUGUGUUUAUCAGAGAAUGAUGAUGAUGAUGAAAUAAAAUUAGACCCUGAAUAUCAUAAUGUGGAGUUCUUGAUUACAACUGGACCUGGACCUUGUCCUCAGCUUGAUGGCAGGAACAUUGUCUUUGGUACUGUCCUGGAAGGGAUGGAUGUAGUAAGAGCAAUAGCAGCAGCACCAACAUACAAGCCAGCUGAAAGAAUCAGACAAUUGAAUGACUUAGCAGGAUUUUUAGGAGAUGAAAGAGCUCAAAUUGCUCGAACUUUCUGGAAUCGACCUCUUAAAUCAAUUUAUAUCAGCGAUUGUGGUGAAUUUCAAGUUACCAAACCAUCUCUCACUCCCACCCUACCUUAGUCUAUAAUCUAGCUUCUUGUUCAGUGUUGGACUUGGACUGUAAGUAAUACUACCUCUGUCCUGAUUUACUUGUUACAUUGCUAUGCAUAGUAAUGUAACAAUUAAUUUUGGCAACAUUGAAUGUGAAUACAUUGAGCAUUUUAUAUAGAUUAUUAUUAUUAUUAUUAUUAUUA